AUAUUUUCCAGAUCGCAGGCCUUCCUUUAAGGGAAUGUUGGCACCAUCAUUUACGACUAGCAAACCCUUGAAUUCCCAUCUAGGAAGUCCAAUACAGAUUAAACUUUGAAGACAUCCAGCUCAAAACUAUGCACAAUCAAAUUCAGUUCUAUCCAUGCUUUGUGAUAACAGGAUAAAGUUGCUAAAUCCAACCUUGCAUCAACAGCCAAUCCUCUACCAAAAYUUCCACCUAUACCAACGCCACCACCAACGGCACCUCUAUCAACGCCAUCUACUGCUACUCCUAAUACUACUAAGGCACCUUCUGUGCCUACAAAACGUAUUUACUACGUCAAUAUCACCUUGAUGAGGUAUCCAUGGAAAACCGAUUACGAUAAAGAAGGAAUAAAGGAUAUUUUYACAAACAUUUCUGAUAACUUGCCAAAGAAGAUAAGAUCUUUAUUUAAAAGUGCAAAGAUUUCUGAUCUAAAAGAGGUUGCKUUCACGCAAAUGCCUGCAUCAGUCCAYAAYGCAGCUUCGAACGACGGUAACAAAGUCAUGCCUCAUUURAAACUGAACUUCAGUGAGGCGUCGAAUAACUCCCAAGAUGCUGAAGCAUUUUUUUAUGCGCAAAAUGAGGAUGGAGCACUUGGAAAUUUUGCUUUUGAUCGCAUAGCUGUGAAUGAAAUUGUAACAGGUGGCGCUGUACUUGGAAGCUGGACUGGAGGAAGUUGCACUCAAUGCUGUGGUCAGCGGUGGAACCAAAAUCGAACAUGCACGCCUUCAAAAGACUGUGAUGGCGUUAUUACUAAAAGGAYAUUUGCGUGUCAUUGGAUAUGCCCUCUGAAAUGUGGUACAGUGAGAACGUUUACCUUUGAUGUCACUUUGACCGACCACAAGUGGAAAAAGGACUACGAGAGCACUAAUUCUGAUGCGUACAAAAAAUUAUAUGACAYUUUAACCAUAGAUAGCGACAGUUUUCUUAAUGAAGUAAAGAAACUCUUUUCCAAGCUGACGUCCAAAACAGGAUAUGAUCAUGCCAAAGAUAGCAUAUAYUUGACAAGAGACGGUGACUACGUCAGAGUUUCAUUCGAUGCAGUGUUUGGAAAACCACCAGCCAAUGCUGACGACCCAGAAGCCAUUUUUCUUUAUGAAACAGAGCAUGGAAAACUAGGAAAUUUUAAUAUAGAUGUAAAAUCAAUAAAGACAAAGGAGAAAACAAAUGGYUAUAAUUUCACGGAGUGGCAAACUGUUCAAGACAGUUGUGUUAAAUGCUGUGGGGGAGAGGUUACUCAGACACGAAAAUGCAGUUCUAAAGUUGGCAAGUGCACAAACGCACAGAUUGAGCGAAAGAUUAGAUGUAAACAUGUUUGCAACAAAGUAGAAUGCUCAGGUUCUAGUUCAAAAGUAAACAUUGCACCAUUUUUCGCUGCCUUUCCGUCGUUUUUGGUUUCGAUCUAUUGGUAUUGGAAUUAAUGGAAGACAGUCAUACAAUGGCACAAUUGCAAUUGGUGAGAGUAUCAUCAUGGCCAGAAAUUACGCACCGAWUUGCGGCUCUUUUAUUGUUUCCUUGUAAAUAGUUCGAUUUUAAUUCAAAUUCUCAUGUAAAUCUAUACAUACUGUUUUUUUUUAAUGUUGAUGCAGAUUUUCAUUAAAAGCUUUGUCGUUAAAUUGUAACAGCAUACUAAUUUUGAAUAUGACUUGAAAUUCAUUUUGGCUACUCUACGUAAGUGUCAUAAAGAUCAUCAGUCAACUUGCCUUCCGCGCUUUAAAUUUCAUGAAAUUCGUUUUGCAUGCACAUGUAUCACGGGAGAUGGACUGCUCGCACAUUGAGAAAAAUAUUCCAGGAAAAAAUAAUA